UAUUCAGUUAGGCCCCAGUUAUGUUGGCUACAGAGACCAAAGUGGUCGAAGUUGGCAAGAAGCCAAAGGUAAAGAAAGAAAAAGUUGCUGAGAACGCUAAUGUAGAUGCAGAUUUUGUCAUAAAACCCUCGACCAAAACUCCAGCACUCGAUACGAGCGAGUGGCCAAUACUUUUAAAGAACUACGACAGAUUGAAUGUAAGGACUGGACAUUACACUCCGCUGACAGAGGGAUAUUCUCCUACUAAACGUCCUUUGGAUCUUCACGUUAGAACUGGGUACAUUAAUUUGGACAAACCAGCCAACCCAUCCUCUCACGAAGUAGUAGCUUGGAUAAAACGUAUACUCAGGGUGGAGAAAACUGGACACAGUGGUACUCUGGAUCCCAAAGUUACCGGUUGUUUGAUCGUUUGUAUCGAACGAGCCACCCGAUUGGUGAAAUCUCAACAGAAUGCAGGAAAGGAAUAUAUCGGUAUUGUCAGACUUCAUGACGGAAUUGAUGAUGAAAUAGACCUCCACAAGACUUUAGAGAAGCUUAAAGGUGCUCAAUUCCAACGACCUCCACUGAUAUCUGCUGUGAAGAGACAGCUGAGAAUACGAACCAUUUACGAGAAUAAGCUGCUGGAAUACGACCCAGAACAGAAACUUGGAAUUUUCUGGAUGAAAUGUGAAGCUGGAACUUACGUCCGAACUUUCUGUGUACAUAUCGGAUUACUACUGGGAGUUGGAGCACACAUGCAGGAGCUGAGAAGAUGCAGGAGUGGAAUUCAGCACGAAUCAGAUGGACUAGUCACUAUGCAUGAUGUUAUGGAUGCUCAGUACCUCUAUGACAACACAAAGGAUGAGUCAUAUCUGAGGAGGUGUAUCAAACCACUGGAGUGCUUGUUGGUGAACCACAAGAGGGUGGUUGUUAAGGACAGUGCUAUCAAUGCUAUCUGCUACGGAGCUAGACUCACUCUUCCAGGAGUAUUGCGGUUCGAGAGUGGUAUUGAAAUAGGAGAAGAAGUAGUUCUCAUGACUACAAAAGGAGAAGCUAUUGCUAUUGGACAUGCUCUCAUGACCUCCAGUACCAUGGCAACAUGUGACCAUGGCUUUGUAGUAAAACUGAAACGAGUCAUCAUGGACAGGGACGUGUAUCCAAGAAAGUGGGGUCUAGGCCCAAUGGCUUCAGUAAAGAAGGGCCUUGUUAAGGUCGGAAAACUGGACAAACACGGAAAACCUAACGAUAACACUCCCGCUGAGUGGCUCAAAUUUAUCAAAAGUGAUACUCCAGAAACGAUAACACCCAUUGCUCCCUCAAACACCGUGGUAACCGGAGAGGGAGAGUCCAAGAAACGGGCGAGGAGUGAGUCUAAUGACUCAGCAGUCAAGAUGGAGACCUCUGAGACUCCUGAAACUCCAGCAACUGAAAAGAAGAAGAAGAAGAAGAAGAAGAUAAAGGUGGAAGAAGGGUCAGAGGUUGAAGUUAAGAUUGAAGAAGGAGCUGAAACUACUGAACCUGAAACUCCCAAGAAGAAGAAGAAGAAGAGGAAAAGUGAAGCAGUUGUAGCUGAAUCAUCUUCGACUGAAGCGCCAGAAACGCCCGCUCCAGAAACUCCAGCGACGGAAAAGAAGAAGAAGAAGAAAAAGAAGAAGGAUGUCGAAAAUGGAGAUAGCUCAGCAGCAGCUUGAUUGUUUUUAUCCGGGUUUUAACGUUUUUAUCUUAAUUUAUUGAUUUGAACUGCGAAAUUAAUUUAUUGCUAAGUGUUAGGGAUGGGCCCAAGUUAAAAGACUUUAAAACUGACUGAGCUUUUUCCACUAUAAUUACUAUUAGGCCUAUUACUAUUAGAAACAGUUGUAUGCGAUAUAUAUUACCGAACGGAUAUUUUAUUAUAUUCUUUUAA